AUGUGUGGCGUGGUGGGUAACACGCUGCCGCGCUUUGCGUCUCAAGCCAGAGACUUUCGAAGCCUGAGAUUAUCGCUCGAUCUUGCGCCACCGGCCGCCAUGGUGAAUGAAGGACCGCCGACCCCGGAGGCGGUCAAUGCAGCGAUGGAGGACGUGCCCACAACGGGCCCCCUGGCGAGCAGCUACCGGCGCACCUUGCGGGAGAUGAAAAAGAAAGGCGCGGAUGUGGACCCCGAUGACCCUGUGCAUUUCAAGCUCUGCGGGGCCUUGAAGAAGCUGGGGCUCACCAAAAUUGACAUGCGCACGUUCAGAGAGUGGGCCGACAGAGUGACGCAGUUCGUCAAAGAAGAACGGGGGGUGUGGCUGGUGCAGAAAGAGGCCAAGGAGCUGCACCCCGCCCUGGUCCCGAAGAUUGCGCAGGCGAUCUGCAGCAUCGGCGAAGUGGACCUCCUGGGGCAGUUUUCGGGCUCAGAGAGCGAGCUCGAGAAGUACGGCCUUCCGCCGAAGCACAUCUCCGCCCUUGCUGGGAGCCCGUUCCUGGCUGGCUUCCGGAAGGCCCGGUUCGAGGCGCAAUUCGCCCUGGCGAAGACAGCCGGCUCGUGGCGCGGCGCGGCGCCGGGCCCGGCUGCGGAGCAGCCCGGCGGCGAGCAGCCAGGCGGCGAGCAGCCGGGCGGCGAGCAACCCGACGGCGAGCAGCCCGGCGGCGAGCAGCCAGGCGGCGAGCAGCCAGGCGGCGAGCAACCAGGCGGCGAGCAGCCAGGCGGCGAGAGCGACGGCUCGGCCGCUUUGCAGGCGGGCAACGCGGACAGCAGGGCCAGGCUGGAGUUGAUCAUCUCGCUGCUCGGCAACGCGCAGGCGGACGAGCAGCAGAAGAAGGAGCUGGAGUUCGCGAAGGCCAUGAUGACGAAUUCGCCCGGGCCCAGGCUGGCGCAUCUCAUGAAAAUGGCCCUGGACGAGUUCAGUUUGCUCGAGGCGUGGUUCCCCGGGGACCCGGACCAGGUGGUUGGGCUGCUGCUAAAAGGCGCUCGGUACAAGGAUUGCGCAAUCCAGAACGUGGUCAACGCCAUCCAGCACGUGGUCAAGGGCGGCGCGCAGGAAUCGUUGGUGAAUCCCGUGGUUCGCGGCUUGGGGGCUCUGUACGUCCGCCUGAACGAGCUCCAAGCGAAGGGGCCCAAGGACAUGGUGGAGCCAGGGAUGGGGUCCCUGGACAACCACGAGGGCCGGGAUCGAUCCCAGGAGCAGCGCUCGAAGUUCAUGGCAAGCAUCUUCGCGGAGGUGGCCUCCCUCCGGCUCGGCGCUGUUGGCUUCACCAGCAAGGCGCGAGAUUACACGGGCAUCCCGUCGAAGAUAUUGCAGGAGGUGCGCGCCAUGGCGAGCUCCGCGGUGCCGCUCGUCACGCCUGACGUGCCGGCCCACGCGCUCAUGUGGUGUCACCGCCGGGUGGUCGCGGAGCUGGAGGCCAAGAAGAAGUCGCAGCAGGAGCUGGCCAACGAGACUGCGGGCGAGCCGAAGCAGGGGGUGACCGAGGCGGCGAAGCCAGACGGGGCGCCGGCGACGGGCGGCCCGGGCGUUGAUCGGCGCGUGCGCCCCAGUCGGGCGCGACCGGGGGCGGGGCCCCGAAGAAACACCAGACGGAGCCGGAGGUCAUCGCUGUGGGCGACAUCGUGA